UGUGUGUGCUGCACGUGUUUUAAAUUCGCGUGUGUUUUGCUCUUCAUUCCGGGACAUUGUGCUGCAAAUCAACGAAAAUAAGCGGAAAUAUUACUGAAAUAUACCUAAGAAUACGUUAGACUAGUUUCUAAACAAAUGGAAGUUAACGCCAGCAAGCUGCGGCUUGGCGCCCAGCGAUUACUGCAGCUUAUUUCCGAUGAGUCUGAAGACAACGUGUUUUCCCAAAGUUUACAAAAGUUUAUCAAGAAGCAGAAAUAUGUGAAUCAGGAUGUGGAGCGGCUCUUCCGGACGCUCAGUGAGCAGUUGCCUCAGCCUGCUUACACGGUGCCCGUGGCCGUAAGUUUCGAGGAGCAGCUGCUCCUGCUCCUCUCCAUGGCGCUCCGCUGGGAUUCCGCUGGUCAAAGCUUCCGCCAGUAUCAGCUGGAAUGUGUGGCGCUGGCCAAGCUCAUUGAUUUAUCCCUGGAUGCGCAGAGAUUUGCCAAGAGUUACUUCCACGACAAGCCAGCGCCCUUUGAGAAAAACCAGAGCAAUGAUAGUCUUCCCAGUAAAAAGUUAAAGAAUGGCAGUCCUACUGCCAAUCUGGAGGAUCUGGAGAUAAUCACAUGCUGCUAUCAAUUGCUAAAAAGUGAUACACCAUAUUUCCGCGAGCUGUGGGAUUGGUCCAGCUUUAUAGCCACCUAUGCACACAAUUCAUCAAGCCCGAAGACGCAGCUUUACUGCAACCACAUCAUGGCUAUGCUUACCAACAUGAGUUCACCCCAGCUAAAUGAUUUAAAUGAGCAAAUAUCCACCAAAACACGACUGGAGUUCGAGCAUGAAAAGGAGCAAGCUUGGACCUUAGUUAGGAGCACCCUUGGCAGCUAUAAACCAGAAGCCUCCGAUCAACUUCUGCAGCUGCAGCUGCAGGGAAUUAAUCAGGCUGUGACCAACAUCGAGGGCGUCCUACUGCCCACUUUCAACAAGGAGAACCUGGAGUUCUAUAGCAGCACCGAUGGCUGCUACGAUCGUAUUGUGAAGGUGGAUUCAACUGUGGUUAAUCUACGUAGUAUUGCCCUCGGAGUGGCUGCUGCCAAACCUAUUUGCCUGUCAGGACCUGUGGGCUGUGGUAAGACCACGCUUAUUGAGUACCUAGCCCGCAAAACUGGUCGCAUUUGCCCCAAGCCAAAUGAGAUUAAAAUUAGGGAGAAAGCCUUAAAAAAAGCCGAAGAAGAGGAGCAACUGCUGAUACCGAAAAAGAAACCAAAGACGACGGGAAACAAGCGCAAACUGGAGGAGUUGCCUCUGGAGGAACUGCUCGACUUGGGUGAGACCUCGCCAAAGAAUGGAUUUUUACGUAUUCAGCUUGGAGAUCAGACCGAUAGCAAAAUGUUACUGGGUCAAUAUCGCUGCACCGAUGUACCCGGGGAGUUUGUUUGGCUGCCUGGAGUUUUGACGCAGGCCGUCAUGCAUGGCUAUUGGUUGUUGCUGGAGGAUCUGGAUGCCGCGACCCAAGACACAUAUACCAUUCUGAGUAGCCUUUUGGAACGUCAGUGCCUUAGUGUCCCUGGUUUCCGGGAUUCCGUGAAAAUUGAGCCUGGUUUUCAGUUGUUUGUCACAGUGAGAACCAACAAAUCGGCGAGCAAUUCCAGCCACAAAUCGCUCUACUCGCUGCUGGACAAAUAUCUUUAUACCAUCAAUAUACUACCCCUUUCGCGUAAUGAACUUUGCAAAGUGGUCAGUACCAACUAUCCCAAGUUGGCAACUGUGGCCAAUCGAAUUGUGGAUGUGUUCCUCACCUUCUCCAGCGGGCACCACACAUCUGCGGAUAACUUGAGGCAGCAGGAAUCGGGCGACAAGGCGGACAACACGGAGAAAUAUGUGGCACUGCCCUUUGAGCAGGUUUCUCUUACAUCCAGUCCUAAUUCGGGAAGAUUAGUGUCCACUCGUGAUUUGGUGAAGCUCUGCCACCGAUCCAAUUCACAAUUUUCAGUGACCAGCUCGGAAUGUGCGUAUUUUGUCUUCCAAAACGCCGUGGAUGUAUUUUGCUCAUAUCUUCCGCAUAGCAAAGAAAAAAUCACCUUAAUUACAAGCAUUGGAGCCAAGUUGGGCAUCAUCCGUUCCCGUUGCGAACAUUUCGCAAAUGAAUACAAACCAGAUGUGGAGUUUGGCCUGGAGAACAUAAAAAUUGGAAGAGCAAACCUUUUGGCAAAAUCGGAGUUGGAGAACAGUGAAAACGAGGAAUCCUCAGAGCAGGACCUCAAGCGACAGAAGUUAACAAGGCAAACUAAGCGGGCUAUUGGCAAGAUUGAAAACAAGCGUACCACCUUCUCGUUUACUCGGCUGGCCAGCUGCAUCCUGGAGCGGAUCGCCGUGUGUGUCAGCCAUUCGGAGCCUGUACUUUUGGUGGGCGAAACCGGAGUUGGCAAGACCUCGUCAGUGCAAUAUCUCGCCGAGCGAACAGAACACAAACUGGUGGUGGUCAACAUGAACAACCAGUCGGAUGUAUCAGAUUUGGUUGGCGGCUUCAAGCCCGUGGAACUGAACUACGUUUUGGCACCUCUGCGAAAUGAAUUCGAGUAUCUACUUUCCGAAACGUUUAAUCAGGAAAAGAAUUUGCAGUUUCUGCGCCUGUUCGCCACCCACUAUAACAGUGGUCGUCACACUGUGAUAAUCCGAACCAUGAUCAACAUCUGCCUACAGGUGGCCAAGAAUCCGGAACUGAAGCGUAAUCAAUUGCUUCCCCGGUGGCAGACACUAAGAGAAAAAGUGCAGAAGCUUCAGAUGCAGCUGGACAAGAGCAUCAACAUAUCGUUCGCCUUCAUACCCGGAUCCCUUGUUAACUGUAUUAGCAACGGAGAUUGGGUUUUGUUGGAUGAGAUUAACUUGGCCUCCGCGGAGACGCUAGAAUGUCUUUCGACUAUCCUUGAACCCGAAGGCUCUGUGGUUCUCUUGGAACGUGGUGAUUUCACGCCCGUAAAGCGGCAUCCAGACUUCCGCAUCUUCGCCUGUAUGAAUCCCAACACGGACAUUGGCAAGAAGGAUUUGCCUGUGGGUAUACGCAAUCGUUUCACGGAAUUCUUCGUGGAUGAACUCACAACGGAUGCGGAUUUGAGUCUGUUGGUCAGCGAUUAUCUGGCUAAUACGGGUAUCCAGCGAAAGUCGGUUCACAGCAUAGUUCAACUAUACAAAUCGUUGCGCAAGCUGUCCGAGCUCCAGCUGAAUGAUGGGCUCGGGAAUCGUCCAGUUUAUUCACUGCGUACACUUUGCCGCAGCUUGCGGAUCUGUGCGCGAAAUUUGUGUGGCUCCAUCGAGCGUAAUCUGUACGAGAGUUUCUGCUUGAGUUUCCUCACCCAAUUGGAUCCGGACUCGCAUCAUGUGGUGCUUCUUCUCAUUCAGAAUGCAUUGCUGUCGAACGUCAAGGCUGUUUUGAGCAAGCAGUUGCCCCAGUUGGGUGAGAAUUACCUGGAUUUCGAGGGCUACUGGAUCCAGCCGGGCAACUUGGAAGCCCAGCCGUGCACUCACUACAUCCUCACGGAAAGUGUAAAGAAGAACCUAAAGGAUUUGGCCCGUAUUAUCUCGAUAGGCAAGCUACCAAUUCUGCUCCAGGGACCCACGAGUGCGGGCAAAACCAGCUUGAUUGACUAUGUGGCCAGGAGGAGUGGUAAUCGCUGUCUGAGGAUCAACAACCAUGAGCACACGGAUCUUCAGGAGUAUAUCGGCACAUAUGCGGCGGAUUUGGAUGGAAAGUUAACCUUCAGGGAAGGAGUGCUGGUGCAAGCCAUGCGCCAUGGUUUCUGGAUUAUACUGGACGAGCUUAACCUCGCCUCUACCGACAUUUUGGAGGCUCUUAAUCGCGUUCUAGAUGACAACAGGGAGCUGUACAUCGCGGAAACGCAGACGCUGGUAAAGGCUCAUCCCAACUUUAUGUUGUUUGCCACGCAAAAUCCUCCGGGACUCUAUGGCGGAAGGAAGACCCUCUCCCGUGCCUUUAAGAAUCGUUUCAUAGAGCUCCACUUUGCGGACAUACCACGCGUGGAGUUGGAGACCAUUUUGGAAAAGCGGUGCUUCAUUCCACCCUCCUAUGCACGCAAAAUGGUGCAGUGCAUGACCCAGUUGCAACAACAUCGGCAGAAUACCUCCAAACAAGUGUUCACUUUGCGCGAUCUUUUCCGUUGGGGCAACCGAUAUACCCAUGCGGAUAAGUCCCUGCAUGAGGAUACCAAGUACGACUGGAACCAGCAUCUCGUGGAGGAGGGCUACUUGGUUCUAUCCUCCAAAGUGCGUUCCCAGGAUGAGCAUGAGUUAAUUGAGAAAACCCUGUUCGCCAAUUUCCGCAAGAAGGUGGACCUUCAGCUGCUGUUUGAUAUCCAAACCGAGAGGGAGAGCUCCUCCAUGGUGAGUAGAAGAAUCCUAGAUGCCAUUAGAAACUUUAAGCUGCGAGGAGAUAUCGUUUGGACCCGGAAUAUGACACGCAUGGCUGUGGUUACGGCUAAGGCUUUGGAGUUCGACGAACCAGUGUUAUUAGUUGGUCCCACGGGCUGUGGCAAGACCACUGUGUGCCAACUCCUCGCCAGCAUCGCGGAUGUACAGCUGCGCAUCCUCAACUGUCACAUGCACACCGAAGGAGCGGAUUUUCUGGGAGGACUGCGUCCUUGUCGAGGAAAGGACUCCACUCAACUUUUCGAGUGGGCCGAUGGUCCGUUGAUUUAUGCAAUGCAGGAGGGAUCAUAUUUUAUGGCCGAUGAGAUAUCCCUUGCUGAGGAUUCCGUGUUGGAGCGUCUCAACUGCAUCCUGGAACCGGAACGUACUGUGUUACUUGCCGAGAAGGGCGGCGUCGCAGAGUUGGAAGCAAAUCCCGACUUCGUGGUGCAGGCUAAGACCGGUUUCCAAUUCCUCGCUACCAUGAAUCCGGGUGGUGAUUUUGGUAAGAAGGAACUGUCGCCUGCCUUAAGGAAUCGCUUUACAGAGGUCUGGUGUUUGCCCUCCGACAACAAGGAGGACCUCAUUGAGAUUGCCUACAACUGCAUGAGCCGGCAGAAGGAGCACGAAGGACAGGCGAUCGACACUCAUAAAGUGGCCGAGUACUUGGUGGAAAUAGUGCUCCACAUUCGCGACACCAACGAGAAGUUUAAGUUCUCAGUACGUGAUAUCUUGGCUUGGGCCAAUUAUAUGAUCAGCAACGGAAAGCUGAGCUUUGCAGAGCAGGCCAUCUUUGGAUUGGAAACCAUUUUCCUGGAUGCACUGGAAAUGCUGCCCCAUGAAUCGCAGGAGCAGGUAGAGCGGCUUAAAACCAGUAUCAUUAAACAGGCUAUUAAACAAGCUGGUCUAAUCCUAAACGAGAAGUUUACCCUGGAAGAAGUUGGCAAGAAGCGAGGCUUUGAAGUCCAGCUGGAUGAAUCCCGCUUUGGUAUUCGUCCCUUUUUCAUAGAUGUUAACGAGGAGCGCUUGACGCCGGCCAAAGAAGAUUUCUUCUUCGAUGCUCCCACUACCAAGCAGAAUCUUUUCCGUUUGUUAUCUGCCCUUUCCCUUCAAAAGCCAGUGCUCCUAGAGGGUCCACCUGGUGUGGGCAAGACCUCAAUUGUGGAGAGCAUAGCUGCUGCCAUCGGCUACCAAAUUGUGCGCAUCAAUCUUUGCGAACACACGGAUUUGGCUGAUCUGUUUGGAACGGAUCUGCCUGCGGAGGAUAACCUACUGGAAUCAAAUAUACCCUCUUCCGGUCGCCAAAUUGGCAGCUUCGUGUGGCGGGACGGUCCACUUCUGGCCGCUCUGAAGGCGAAGAACACCUGGAUUCUGUUGGACGAACUUAAUCUGGCUCCCCAAUCCGUCCUGGAAGGUCUCAACGCGGUGCUGGAUCAUCGCGGAGAGGUCUACAUCCCGGAAUUGAACAAGAGCUUCCACUUGGCUGGCUCCACACGCAUAUUUGCCUGCCAGAAUCCUCUAAAGCAAGGCGGCGGACGUAAGGGAUUGCCACAAUCUUUCCUUAAUCGAUUUACCAAAGUUUAUCUGCGUAAGCUUUCCACCGAGGACUUGCUUCAUGUGGUAAAUGUGAAAUAUGGAAAGUACUUUGAACAAUUAAGUGGACAUUUCUUGGAGCUACUGGAUAAGGAGACUGAAGGCAACAUCUUUGAGAUUUACUCCGGAAAGGGAUCUACAGUUAUUUCGAAUCCCUUUGAUUUGGCCGCUCGCUUGGUGCGUUUUUCGGAGCUACUAGAUCGCGGAGUGGCUUGCAUGGAGUUCGGCUAUAAGGGUGGCCCCUACGAGUUUAAUCUGCGUGAUAUUCUCCGCUGGUGCGAUCUGCUGCACAACCCACAAACUGGCUACAUCUUGGCAUCCACAUCAUCCUCCUUUCAGUCUGCUUUUAAGAAUUUCUUACUUACACUUUACGAAAGGAUGCAGUUGGUCUACUACCAAAGGAUGCGCUGCGACCAAGAUAAAUUGUACAUCCGCAAUGUUUUCUCAACCGUUUUUGAAUGCAAUGCCGAGGAGCUAAAUGAGGUUUCGGACGAUGUAUCACUUUAUUGGACAGCGGAUAAGGUGUAUCUCAACGAUGUUGUUCUGGAGCGGGAACAAGCCGGUGUUUUGGACUUGGCCACCCGACAGGAGCAGGCUCCCUUGCUGCUGGACAGUCAGAGGCAGCUGCUCAAGCAAAUUGUCGAGGCCGUGCACAUGGAGAAGCCACUGCUGCUCUGCGGGUCAACGGACAGUGGCAAGACCAAGCUAAUCGAUGCCCUCUGUGUGCUUUCCAAUCGCCUCUGCAACACGGAUAUAAUUGAUGAUUCCGUGACUGGAAGCUUCCAGCAGAUUGAUCUAAAUCGUCAUCUAGAGCUAAUUUACAAGAGAGUAGAGGCGCUAGUCUUUGCCUGUGUUCAGCGGGCGUUUGUCCAGCAGAUUCAAAUUGAGUUUGUGGAAAAGCUGUGGAACUACUGGAGCAAGUACAAUAAAUUGGCCAAGGUCACAACAGAAUCUCAGCAACACAGCGUGUUAGAUGAACUUAAGUUGUUUAGCGAGCGUCUGGACUCCCUGGGUAAGAUCAUCGAGCUUCUGGGAACCACACCAAAGAACUGCCAAGUGGAGGCAUUCCAGCAAUUGUCAGAAACCAAGUCCCAGUUCUUGAUACUUCAAGCCUACAUAAAGACGGCAGAUUCCCUCAACACGGGAGGAUCUUUUGAAUGGGUGGAUUCCCAAAUUGUUACCUCAUUAAAGUGCGGCCAAUUCAUUAUGUUGGAGCAUGUGAAUCUUUGUUCCUCGGCCGUUCUGGAUCGCCUAAAUCCCGUAUUUGAGCCAAACGGGAGCUUACUAAUUGCUGAAAAGGGAAUAACUGCACAGGAUAGUGCUGAGGUGGUCUACAAGUCAAACAAUUUCCGUGCUUUCUUAACCGUGGAUCCCAAGAAUGGUGAACUAUCGCGAGCGAUGCGCAACCGAUGUGUGGAGCUCUGCCUAUCCCGGGAUACCUAUUCUGUGGAUGAUAUGCGUGCCUUUGUGCAUGAACAGGGUGUACAUCAAACGGAGGCUAUAGAUUGCAUCCUUGGAGUUCAUAAGAGCAUAAGUCAACUGACGGAAUUUAAUAACUACUCCAUCUCACAUCUGACGCAGUUUGCUUUCCUAAGCGCUGCCUACAAGAGGAUUGGUUAUGAACUAAAACGUGCUAUUUACGUGGCCGCAAUGGAGGUCUAUGUUUAUUCUGCCAAUACCGAUUUGAUGGGCUAUGGCUUGUCGUACUACCAAAACAAACUGCGCGAAGUGGUACUGGCCCAAACCGAAUUGUUUGAGGAAGAGACUACUGUCCAAAAGGAUUUUCUCAGCGAUGUGAUACUUAGUUCAGGAAACCUAAACUCAUUGUCAUUAAUCAAACUCCAGGCAGUGGCUCUGAAAGUUUUGCUGGAUGGAUCUUUAGGAGAAAAUAUUCCCAAAAAGCAGUUAGCGGCUCUCUUCCAACAAAUGGAGGAUCUUAAAUUAGAUGAGCUAAAACCUCAACAACUUAUUCGUCACUUCCUUUACAUACUCUACGAGUCAUCGGCCUUUGGAGAUUUGGAAUUAAGACAUCUCUACCUGCAACCUUGGUUAUCGGAACACACUUCUAUUCAAGAGUUGUCCCAGAAUCUUUUCACUUGCCUACAGAAAAGGAGUGUCAGUGCGAAAGGAGCUCUGGUGAAUCUGCCCUGGAAUCGAAAACUUUUCCCUAGACUCCGGGAUUACUCCACAGAUAAGGAGCUUUCGCAAAUCAAGCCUUUAAACCUGAGUGCUUUGCUUCUUUCGCGCCUUGUGGUAGAUGACGUACCCACCAAUUCAGUGAGCACAGUACAGCAAAUGAAUGCUCUGCAGUAUUCACAGGCUUUGCAGAAGCAACAAGUGACUGUCAAGUACGCCAAUGAUUUUCUAGCCAACCUUUCGACUUUCCUCGAGGUUCUACACAGCAGUUUGUUGGAGGACUUACAAGAAGCUGACUUGGAUCUUCAGCAGUACGUACAGUUGGUAACACGCUUUCAUUGGUUCAAUAGAAUAUUGAUUACGGCACAGCAGAAGCUUUUAUAUAGCACCGAACUUCAUAUGCCCCUGAUGCACAAACUGGUGCUCCAUUUCCAGUGGCUGGAGAAGCACCUUCUAAGUCCUUUACUUAAAUUAACUGUCAAGAAUCCCUCUGAAAGAAUGCUCAAUAUUCAAGAAAGUGUUCUUAAUAUUAAGAAGUACAUUGAGGAGACGAAACGGCCUUUAAACGUGUCUUGCAAGAUUUACUCAAAGCAGUUUACACAGUUCCAGCCUUACUAUCAGGAUCAACAGAUUCAACUUCACACAGAAUUGGAGGAACUGGAAAUAUUACUUAGUGUGGUACCGAGCUAUGGCAAUUUAGAGCUAUCUUCCUGGCUCAAGAGAUGGUUGUUACUUCAAUCGGACGAGGCAAACAAAUGGCGAUCCUUCCUCCGAAACAACACCCAUGGUUUCCAACUCAAGGCCUUUGAAUUGAGUGGGUCUCUGACGAAUGAGAUACUUCAAUCCCGCCUGCAAAGACUUCAAACUAAGUUAAAGGAAGCUCAUGAGACUAAUACAGAAAACGGAUUUGACUUGGACCUCGAUCUCAAUGGUCUGAAGACCCUUUUAGAAGCCGAAACGGAGGACAGCUCAUCAUAUAAUCAUCCAGAAGGUAUCGCUACCAACACCCCACAACUAUUACUCGCUGCUUUAAGGGAAUUAUUCAUGGAGCGUCUGUUGACGGGAACUUUGCGCGAUGACUUUGAUGAGCAAGUGAACCCCGUGUACACUGAUCAGUUGCUCACCUUGAACAGCAAUCUCUGGCAUAGUCUGAAAACUCUUGAGAGCGCUUCCCAUGCUGAAGCUACAAGUGCUUGGAUUGAACUUAAGAAAGAAUUGAACGGGUUGAAGGAUCAAAAGGAGUUUGCAUCGCUGCUGGAAAAGAUUGGUAGCAGCUACAAGGGAUUGCGCACUUAUCAAAGGCAGUAUCGUAACUCCAUUCAAUGCUAUCAGUUGGAGAAUCUUUCUAACCGUCUGGAUUGCGUUCAAGGACCCUCGGAAGAAGGCAGCACGGAUAUAUCUGGUCGCUUUAUUUAUCAGGGUCCCGCUUUGUCGGGCGUCUUCCUAUCACUGAUUUGCCAGCCAAAUGGACAACUGCGAUCGGUACCCCUCAGUGAAUUGCAGGAAUGGCGCUCCUCCCUGCAGCAAACGCGGCAUCUGCUGUGGGAGAACUCCCAGCUACUUAGUUCGAAAUAUAGUGGAAGAGUCAACAAUCUAUCACAGGUCCAGGAGAACGCUAGUCAACUGCUAAAAGAGCUCGAAUAUGUGAGUCAUUUAAGUCAGCGUGAACAGAAACCAAAUGAAGGCUUCCAAAGCUGUACCAAUGAACUGGAAAAAAUGCUAAACAAUUUGCAAAAGGACGACAUCAACCAGGACUCCAUGAUAACAGCCUUUGACGUUUCACUAACUAAUGCUUUAGUGGGAGCCAUAGAGCUGUGCCUGCUCACAAAUGCCCCGCUGAUUGAUCCCGUGGAAAAGAACCGACUGAAGAACCAAUAUAUAGCAGAGGAUAUUGGUUGUCUGAGCACUUUAAGCACCGCCUAUGAUUUCAUGAAGAUUGUGAUGAAGUACCGGCACUUUGGCGAGGAGAUUCGCAGCCAAUUGGAGGACAGAUUGAAAGCAGCGCACAAGCGGCAGCAACAGCUCUCCCAAAAGUUGGCCCUGCGUCCGGAACAGUGUCUGUACGCCGCUCUGGUUCAAGAUAUCACGCACUUCCUCCAUUCGAAUGGCGAUUGUGAGACGCUCUACAAGCUGUUCCAACUUAUAAGCUCCGAGUGGGAAAACUUCAAAGGAUCGCAGGCGGCCAACAGUGCGCAGCUAAAGAGCAGCACUGAGGUGUUGGGCAAACUGGAGCUGUGGCUGGCUAAUGCCCAGAGAUUCGUUCAUCACACCCUCGCUAGAUACUCCUCCUACUACCAAGACUUCGUCGAACCCAUCAAAUGCGCUGUGAACCAGCUGCGUUUUGGCUUAGAGUCCCUCAAGGUGAUCUUCGCCAGAGUUCAGCAGGCAGGCAGUGUUUUGCAGGCGGAGCAGCUGCAGGAAACCAUCGGGGAAAUAGUGCAAUUCCCAUCCCAGCAGCCACUGGUCAUCAGAAAUAGCAGGCUCUACGGAUUACUUGCCGAGCUACCUCACAGCGAAUAUGAAUACUUCCGAUUGCUUAAAGCCAAGCUAACUGAGCUAAGAAACUAUAUCUCCCUGGGCAAAGUGAUAGAUGAAACGAGCUUUGCCGCCUACGAUGAUGCGCUGAGCAUCUGCAACCAAACCUGGCAGCAGGAGGAGCAGCGUCGCUGUCAACUCAAAGCGGAGGCAGAGAGUCUGUAUGUGACCAAGACCAAGGGUGGAGUGGAUAGUGAGGAGCUUAUUGAGAUGCAGGAGAUCGAGCAGAACUUUCCCACAAACCUAGACGAAGACUUUGCCGAGUUCGUUUCGCAACCCACUUUGGAGCAGGUCUUAAAACUGGACAAGAAGGCCAGUGCUAAGGCCAAGCAAGCCCAGAUUGUGGUCGAGGAGGACUAUGCCUUCCUGGCGCGCAAUUUCAUCGAGGUGAUGACCCAGCACACUCCGGUUUACUAUAGAGAGGAACCCAAGUCGUCGAAGGAAUUGGAGCUACAUUUACUCGCUCCAUACCGAGCACGCUUUCAGGUCUUUGCUCAUUUGCACGGCCACUACAAGACAGCCUUGGGGUCGAAUCUGGAUGAAAGGGCCUGCAAUGGAUUGGCCUUUGGAUUGGCCCUGCAGCAAAAACAGCUGAAGGACAUUGAAUUGGAGGAGGGAGAAGCAAGUUCCCCUUACGAUUUUUACAAGGAUUCGAAUAUCAGUGAAAUCCAAAGCUGCCUUGCUGUAAUGGAGCGGAUAGAGAAGCGUGUGUUGGAGCAACUGGAGCAGUAUCCUGAGCACGCCGGUCUGGCAGACAUUAAGUUGGUGAUUUCACGCAUCCGGCGAUUGCCUGCUCAUGCCCCAGUAGUGCGAUUCAAUACCGGAUUCCAACUGCUGAGACAAAAGUUGGCCCUUUGGAAUGAAGUGGCCCACAGGAAUAAUAAUCUGGUGACGGAGGAAAUCGAAGUGGCGGAGUUUGUUCAACGUUGGACAAGAUUGGAGCUGCAGCAUUGGCGCAAUUGUCUAGGACAAACAGCAGCCCAAGUGGAGCUCCAGGCCUAUCGCUACUGGUUCUUCAUCUACAAUCUGCUGCAACAGUUCCUACAUCAGAAGCAACUUGAUCAAUCCUAUACAGACAUCAAAUUUGCAGAGCAACGUUUCGCCCAAGAGCAAUUGCUGGAUGCCCAGGACUUGGGAGAGGCCCAGCGCUUGGAGCUGCCCCAAGUGGUGCGCAUCCUAAGACAGUUUGUGGAGGCCUCUUGCUACGGUGACUUCCAUAUUCGGCUGCAGCUGCUUCAAGGAUUUGAGCUGUAUCUGCACAACGUGGAGAGAGCUGGAAAGAUCGAGGGUUUGCCUCCUCUAAUUGCAGCAUUGCACAAUCUCCAGCUGUAUUUCUCCCAGUUUGCCGGCGAGAUUGCAGACUCUGCGAAAUCCCGACGCUCGCCCAUCGAAAAGAAGCUUAAAGAGUUCGUCAAGAUCCAGAGCUACAGCAAGGAUUUGAGUUACUUUAGCAUGCGCAACAGUGUGGCCAGUGUGCAUCGCAAUCUGAACAAGUUCCUGAAGGAGUACCGGCUGGCGAUGCAGGAGAAGAUCAGCGAGGUGUUCCAGCCCAAGGAUUCCACUGCCAAGGACUACACCUUUGGCACUGACAAGGGUAAGGGCCUGAGGAACUACAACAAGAUUAAGUAUCUGAAUACGGAGCGACAACAAUUCGUGGCCAGUGAGAAGCUGCUGGAGAAGUUUUCCAUCCAGGCGGAGUUUGUGUCGGAAAAUGCACUGCUGCAGCGCUUGGAAAAGCACUUCCGCACUGCCCGUCAUGUGGUUAAGGAAACACUGGGACAGGUGCCCUACGGCGAAUUAAUCACGGACUUGGAUGACUUGCUGGCCAGCCAGUUGGAGCGAUGUGAGCACUUGCGUUCCUUGAAUGUUGAUCGCUCGAAGGAGAGACCCCAGCAGAAGCAGGAGGCCAAGCAGAUCCUCCAGCAGAAGCGAAAGGCCCUCACGGAUCUCUUCAAGAUGCUCCAUCGGUUGGGUGCCAGCUACAAGACUGGUCUGUUGGAGCUCUCUCUGCGUAACGAGUUUGAAGAUUUCCAGCUGCCUCCUUAUUCCAUUCGAUCCAUGCUGCCACGUCUGCACCCCAGUGCCCAGCAGUUGGAUGAGCACUUGGACUUGUACUACAUGAAGAGUGUGUUCAAGCUGAAGCUUUUGCAAAACAUUAUGUUGACUCCCCUGUCGGAACUGGGUCCUCCAAAUAUUGAACGUAUCAAGGGCUUCGCUGUGGACUUGUUCCUUUUGGUGCAGCAGCAGCGAGAUCAGCUUUCUGGAUCCACCAAGGAGCUUCAUCAGCUAAGGAGUUCGCUGGAUAGCUUGCGUAAGCUGGCUGAGAUUGUGCCACAAGCGGAGAAUAAUGCAGGAACUCUGAGCUUCGUCAGGAGUGCAGAUAUAGCAGGGAAUAUAAAGACUAAUCUUUGCCAGAUUCACUAUGUUUUGAAGCAGUGGCAGCUGCUGUUAAGUUGUGCUCCAAGCACGGUGAGAGAAAACUCCGGCGAUAGUCUCGUGGUGAGAACCAUUCCCUUGGCUAAAAAUGAGCUCCUUGAUUUAAGCAGACAGGUCCUAAGCAGCAGCCAAAAAUUGCUAAACGAGCUAAACACCAGUAAUCUGGAGUUCCUAUCGAGCGAGAAGUGUGAUUAUUACCAGAAAAGCUAUCUGCAGAUUCUGCAGGUCAUAGAAAAGACUUUGGAACUACUACGAGCAGGACAAAAUGAUCAUCUGCCCUUGGCGGAACCUCUCAUCGAACUGUUAGCCAGCCUGCAAAGCAAAAAGCCCGCCGAGACUAGUUCAGAGGCAAUAGAUCUGGAAAAUGCGGACACCGAGUUGGCCAACAUAGCCCACAGUGUGCUUAUAUCGCUGCAGAAGAUUUACAAACACCACGCAAAGCCAGAAGAGGGGCAACAAAAUGGGGAUGCCAAGGAGGCGGAUGAAGAGUCGAAAGAGGCGCUGCAGGAACAGCAUCUGAAGAAGUGCCUCACUGGAGAACUCAACGAGGAUUGGAAACAGCUAAGUCUGCCCCGCGUCCUCGGCAAGCUUUCCAAUGUACUCCUCGUGCUGAAGCACUCCAAUUCCGAAGACCAGGAUAAGCUACUAUGCGUACGACGAGCAAUCGGUCUGCUGCCCAUUCUGGAGCAGUACCAAUUACUAGCGGACUAUCUGCUCCUGCAGCAGCUGGCCACCCACAAGGUUUCCGCCAAGAUGUUGUCCAUAGUGCUAACCGUAUUCGUGGAGAUUGGCAGCAAGGGCUUCUGUGUGCCGCCGGACCUUAUGCAAGAUGAGGAGGGUCAGUCCAAGCAGGACUCGAAGAACGGCGAGGGCUUUGGCCUGGAGGAUGGCACUGGGGAGAACGAUGCCUCCGACAAGAUUGAGUCCGAGGAUCAGUUGGACGACGCCAAGCGGCCAGAGGACCGCAAGGACGAGGGCGACAAGCAAGAGCCUGACUGCAAGGAGGAGAAGGGCAUUGAGAUGAGCGACGACUUUGAUGCCAAGAUGCAGGAUGUGGAAAAACCCGAGGAAGAUGACAGCGGGGAGUCCGAAGAGGAGGAAGAGGAUCUUAACAAGGAGAUGGGUGAGACGGAGGAGGGAGCCGAGAAACUGGACGACCAGAUCUGGGGCGAUGACGAGGAAAAGCCCGAGGAGGAAGAGGAGCCUGAGAUGAAUGAGGAGGAUCAGGGCAAGGGCAGCAAGGAUGAGAAGGAUGCGCACAACGAUCUGGACACAAAGAACGAUGCGGCCAAGGAGGAUGGCAAGGACGAGCACGAAAAGGACGGCUUGGAUGCCACAAAUGAGCCGAGCGGCGAGGACAAGCGCAAGGAGCAGGCCAAGGACAUCGACGACAUGAAUGACCCCGAAAUGGACGAGGAGCAGACCAAUGCCAUGCACAACGAGCUGGAGGAGCCGCCAGAGCCCGAAGAAAUGGACCUGGGCGAUAUGAAUAACGUAGAUGAGGGUCACGACGAUCAAGAGGAGCAGCCCACAGAUGAGAAUCCCUUUGACAUUGAUGCCAUGAAGGAAAACAUGCAGCCGGCUGAGGAGCCCGAGAAUGAUGGCGAGGAGGAGCCUGCUGCAGAGGAAGAAGGCGAACCCCAAAGCGACGGCAGCGACUCCGAGGAAGAUGAGGCGGGCACUGAAGCGAAGCCAGGCCAAGAGGAUCAGGGCGAGGGCGACGAAGCCACUCCCGAAGAUGAAAAGGAAGAGCCGGAAACUCAGACACGCGGGGAACUGGAUGAAGACGAUGAACCAAAGCCCGAGGACGCUCCUGAGAAUUCCAAAGAGGAAGAGGAAAAGCGCGAGGAGAAACCGGAACAGCACACUCAGUCCAAGGACAAGGCCAGCAAGGAGGAAAAUAUCCAGUCUAUGCCAGAGACCGAGCAGAGCAGUUCAGCGGACCAGGUGCAGCAGCCGCAGGACCCUGAUAUUAAGCAGGACCAGAAACUCGACGAACAAGAGACAGGCGAAGAGAAGGAUGGCGUUGGGCAGGCUGAAAACGAUACCAACGAUGGUGGCCAUCAGGGCAUUGCCGAAACCCAGGAAAUGGUGUCCCAAGAGGAGCGCAAGAACGAAAGGCAAACGCAGGAGAAGCGCAAACAGGGGCGAACUAACGAAGAGCGAUCCUUAGGCGAAGCGGAGCAGAACAAAUUGAAGCAACUUAAGACAAUUGACCAACUAAAAGAGUCUAAAGAAACGGAAGACGCUGAUCAGGAGAAGCCGGAACCCACGGAAGAGGCGGAAGCCGAGGAGUACCAGCAUGUGAAGGAGCCUAAAAACAGCGACAAAACUACGCUAGACAAUGCCACCGAAGAACAGUCGAAGAAGAUCCAGCACCAGGAGGAUGAGCCACCGAACGAAGAGGAAACCGAGGCGGACAAUGUCGACGAUUUGAUGGAAACCGACGAGCCAGCAGUAGACCCAGAGGAUGAUGCUCAACUGGAGCAGCUGGGUGCCGAAAAGACGGAGCAAAAGUCUGACAAACCCUCCAAGACAGAUCAGUCCAAGGAGCGCCUGGAAACUCCCGAGGGCAUGGAGAUUGAAGGUGAAGUGGUGCUUACCAUGACCGUUCCUCGCAGUACCGAAACCACAGCGCACAGCAACACCGAAAUCCUGCUGGACAAAAGCUCGCACGCGGAGGAGCUGAGCGCAGCGGAGCAAAUUGAGCUCCGGCAACAGUAUCAGCAGCAGCUGACCACAUUCCGAGGGGCACAACCGCAGCACGAGGACUACGAGAGUUGGCAGGGCAUCUCGAACCGUAUGACCCAGAAUGCUCGAGAGCUCUGCGAGCAGCUACGUCUUAUCCUGGAGCCCACCAAGUGUACGCGGCUGAAGGGCGAUUACCGCACCGGGCGGCGCAUCAAUAUGAAGAAGAUUAUCCCUUACAUCGCUUCGCAGUUCCGCAAGGACAAGAUUUGGCUGCGACGCACAAAGCCAGCUCAGCGUGACUACAAGAUCACGAUCGCCAUCGACGAUUCCAAGUCGAUGCACCACAACAACUCCAAAACGCUGACUCUGGAGGCCAUCUCUCUGGUGUCGCAGGCACUGACUUUGCUGGAAAGUGGGCGCCUGAGCAUCGUGUCUUUCGGAGAGGCGCCUCAAAUCGUCCUGAAUCACACAGAACAGUUCGACGGACCACGCCUAGUGAACGCCCUAAACUUCGCACAAGACAAGACCAAAAUAGCCGGCUUGUUGGACUUUAUACGCACUGCCAAUGCGGAAGAAAGCGGCCUGGGUGGCGAUAAUGGUCUGUUCGAAAACCUUUUGCUCAUACUCAGCGAUGGAAGGAAUAUAUUCAGCGAGGGUGCGCAGAAAGUCAAGAACGCCAUAAAGCUGGCGCGAUUGCAGCGCAUCUUCCUGGUUUACAUCAUCAUCGACAAUCCAGACAACAAGAACUCUAUUCUGGAUAUACAGCAUGUGGCGGUGAACUCAGAUGGAUCUGUAAACAUUAGCUCCUAUCUGGACAGUUUUCCAUUCCCAUACUAUGUGAUCGUCAGGGACCUCAACCAAUUACCACUAGUGCUCAGCGAAGCCAUGAGGCAAUGGUUCGAGCUGGUCAACAGCGAGUAACUUAUAUAUGCUGAUAAUAUACGUAGAGUGAGCAACCAUAACCUUUCCUAAUCAUACACCCCGAGAACAACAUUUAAUUACCUUUUAUUAGAAUUAUAUCAGUCCUUAAGAUUAGGCCACUUAGUUGUAUUCCUCUUGUAAAUAAUCAAUUCUACAAAUUCAAAACGUGCUGCAAAUUAGUCUUAUUUGAAAAUAUUAUAAUGAAUUUAUAUUUUUUGACAAUUACUAUUUGUAUAUAUUAUAUUCGACGAUACUCUUGUUAAUAA